CGCUCCCUCUCUCACCCACCACUCGCCACCCUCCCUCGCUCGUAUAAAGGGCGCACACGGGAGCACAGUCGAACGCACACAAACACGCGUGUUCAGCGUGCGUGCGUGCGGGAUCACCGCUCCUUACUCCCGGCGUCAUGAGCGCCGUGCCCGAGGCCCAGGCUGAGGAGGCGAAGCCCAGCAUCAUAGACGGGAAGAUCCUCUCCAAGCAAGAUGAGCGCGAGCGCGUCCAGAAGAAGACCUUCACCAAGUGGGUGAACAAUCACCUGCAGAAGGUGAACGCUAAAAUCUCCGACCUCUUUGAGGACCUGCGAGAUGGACACAACCUCAUCUCCCUGCUGGAGGUCCUCUCUGGAGAGAAGCUGCCGCGAGAGAAGGGCAGCAUGGCUUUCCACAAGCGCCAGAAUGUGCAGUUCGCUCUGGAAUUCCUGCGCAAUCAAAACGUGAAGCUGGUGAACAUCCGCAGUGAUGACAUCGUGGACGGAAACCCCAAGCUCAUCCUGGGCCUCAUCUGGACCAUCAUUGGUCACUUCCAGGUGCCGGACGUGAGUGUGGGCGAGGAGCACACGGCGCUCCGUGCCGAAGACAAACUUCUGCUGUGGGUGCGCGGCGCCAUCGCGGGCACCCCAGGGCUCGUGUGCAACGACUUCACGAGCUCGUGGCGCGACGGACGCGUAUUCUGCGCCCUCCUGCGCUCGCACCUGCCAAAGGCCGUGGACCUCGACCAGCUGUCUCGGAGGAACGUUCACGAGAGGCUGGAGUUCGCCUUCUCCCAGGCAGAGCAGCACUUGGGCGUACCCAGAAUCCUCGACGUCGAAGAUGUCGAUGUCCCAACGCCGGAUUCGAAGUCAAUUAUGACUUACGUCUCCUUGCUCUACACAGCCUUCCAGAAGAAAAUCAAAGAGGAAGAGGCUGAAAAAAGUGCAAGUACCAAAGGACUCAGCUUGUCAGAAAUUGAAGUUAUUUUAAAGAACACAAAACAGAACGUGGGUUCCAAAGCGGAACCCAAGUCCCUGUGGGAUCUGCUCCACUCGGAAUAUUUCAGUGAAGACGACAGACGCAAACUCAUUGAGGAUUUCCGGCUGGGAAAGCUGACACUCGAAAAGAUGUCUCAAGCCGUCUUGACGAACGUGCAGAUGAAGCAGAGAGAAAAUGUCAAGUUCAGAGGCCUUAGGCGAGAGGUGUCUCUCAAGCUUCUUGUCGACUCGCACAUUGUGGACGACAAAACAGCGAACGAGGUUGUUGAAGGCUCUAAAUCAGUUUCUGAAAUCACCAAAACCAUCGACCGCUACUUAGGAAGUUCUAAGAGCAUUGCUGGGCUGUACAUCGAAAAAACCCAAGAAAAGAUUCCACUUUACAAAGCCAUGGUGAAAAGAAUGUUACGCCCAGGGACCACUCUGGAACUCUUGGAGGCACAAGCUGCCACUGGCUUCUUGAUAGACCCAGUGGAAUGACCUCAAGAUGUCUGUGGAGGAUGCCGUGGACAAGGGGCUCGUAGGGUACGAUUUUAAGGAUAAGCUUUUGUCUGCAGAGCGUGCGGUGACAGGAUACACGGACCCGGUUACUAAGAAAACUAUUUCCCUGUUCCAA